GAUAUCACAACAAGCAAAAAACAUUCUGUCCAAUAACUUUAUUCAGUUUAAUUGGUAAUAUGUUAAAGAAGUAAAAGACAUUUUCAUUUUUCUAAUCUUAUAUCCAUGGGUUCUAUAAACACUCUUAUCAAAAUUAAAAGAAAGAAAAGACUUGGGUCAUAUUUAAUAGUAGGCUCCUUAAAUCUCUCUGAGCACUCCACACAUUGUUGUACCAAUGGCUAUCCAGCAUUGACACCUCAAAAAUGUUAGGCUGAAGAUAUCUCAGCAAAGGGACACCUUAGGAAAAUAUUUAUAUAAAAUUGUAAUGGCUGUUUUGUAAGUGGCAGCAAAUUGCUUCAAGGACGAGGGUGCCUGCUAGUAGCAAAUACUCACUGAUUCCCCCCUUGCCCCCAAAAUACCUGAGGAAGGGCAGGGUGGGAAGAAGAGUGCUUACCUCUUGCCCUACAGAUGAUGCCAGUUGUAGCUGUGGCACCACAAGCUGGGCCUGCAAGACAAAACAUCAGCAGCUGUGUAACCCCCUCCAACAGCUGUGAAUUUGAUGCACAUGGUACAGUGAGAGGAUUGUGACUCCCCCACAAAGGGGCAAUGGUUUCUGUCAGCGGCCUGUAUGGAAAUGGAAGUGGUAGAGGAAUGGGGUCUGUGGUAGAGGAAUGGUGGCGGCAGCCAGAGCUCAUCCCUGUCCUUCUCCUGCUGCUGUCUGUCCCUGUGGCACCCUCUCCCUCCUCUCCAUUGGCACUGGGCAGCCUGGGAGCAUGGAAAGCGGCUGCCCUGUUGCCUGUUGCCGCCGGGCAGGAGGCCGCUGCCGGCGGACCCUGCGCACCCAGGCGGGCGGCACACCAUCCCUGUGGGGGCCACUGCCUGCCCCCCCCAUCCCCAGCACUGCGCAGAGCAGCCUCUUCUGCUUCCUCUGUGGCUGAAAAUGAACUGGGUCGGUGGCAGCCGGAGCAGAGUCAUAUUAAAGCAGGAAAGGAGAAAGCAAAAGGAAUUCUUUGAAAAGAAGAAACUUAAAUCAAAGAUGAAGCUUCUGGAAACAUCAUCUCCUAAAAGUUCAGCAGUCAGUUUAGAUCUUCUCAAUCUAUAUGUUGUCAACCAAAUAUCAACCAAAAAAGACAGCACUGUGAACCUGAAGAAGCCAGUUCACAUUGAUAUCACUGGAGACUUAAAAGCUCCUGUUAGAAGGUACAAUCUAGAGCUUCCCAAGUCACCGCUGCAUAAACAAUAUACAGCAAACUUAGACCUCAUCCAGAACAGGUUACAAGAGCAAGUAUUGGACAGCAGAAGGCAGCAUCUCUUAGAGAAGGGAAAAUACCAGCAUGAUUUACCACAAGUAACAGAACUAUCUUAUGCUGACUCUAGUAUGGAACAUGAAGACAACAUAGCAACAGCUUUUAGCACCUGUCCAUUGUCCCCUUCUGUUUUUUGGUCCUCUAACUGUGCACAGUUUUCAGAAGAAAAUUUCAAUACAAACCUGAUGGGCAACCCUUGGGAAGAGACCUAUGAAGAUAAGCAGCAAAACCAGCCAGGAAUUAUUUCGGAUCAAGACCCUUGGCUUUCAAAACACCCAAGCCAGUGUAUUUUAAGAAAGUCUGAUACAGUGCCUUUGGAGCUGUUCAAGCCACUGCACAGGCUGGACUAUAUGAAUUCUGCCAGGAAAAAUCCGGUGAUAAUGACCAGUGAAGAAUCAGAAAACAGUGAAGGAAUAAAAGAACCAUUGUUUGGUGUCGUGAAAGAAACCACAGAACGGAAAGCUCCCCAACAUGAAAGUGAUUGUCCCUUUCUGGCACUGUUUGAAGAUGAGAGCCAAUCAAUCCAUAAUAAUUCUUCCACAAGACAUUUUAAUCCUUUUGUUAACCAAAGCAGUACUGCCAAUUUUUUCAUUGAUCUUGAAGACAGAAAUCAAAUGACCAACAGAGAUUAUACUUAUGAUACUGGAGAGGCUCAUCCUGCAAUUAAAGCGCAAAACAAAUCCAUAGACAGACACCUGAAAGGCAUUUUCACAGCUCCAGAACAGGUUUUGUGUAAAAAUAACAAUGCCUCACUUGCAAGCUACCAGAAAGGCAGCUUUCAUAAAACCCACCUGCAGGACUGUCAUGAGGGACAGCACUACUUUGUACCAUCUGGCAACAAAGAAAAGCCUUCAAUACUUGAAAAAAGUGAGACAUUUGCUUAUUAUCGUGAUCAGCAGAUUAACUUAAAGGAGAAUGUGCAGAACUAUUCAAUAAACAAAAGAGAUGAGCCUGUGAAAGAAGCAGUCUGGAAACAGAAUCAGCUCUUCGAAUUUGAAGAGUUUGCAACAGCACAAGAGGAAGAGUGUAAGUUGGGAGUGAGUUCAAACCUUCACAAGAUGAAGAAAGCUCAAAUUUCAGAUGUGGAGUCACCGCUCAGCAGCCCCUCACCCAGCUACUCUCCAAGACAGACAGAAAGCUGUUUCAGCUCUAGUCCUGACAUGUCUGAAGAGGAAGACACGGCCAAAAAGAAGUAUGUGGACAAGCGGUGUUUCCAGAUAGGCAAUGCCAACAACACCUCAGGCUCAGCAAGCAAAGAGACCCCCAAGGCCUCUCACAGUGGAUCUGAGCCUCUCCAGCUCUGCAGGAGUUUGACCAGGGUAGGAGAGAACUAUCUUCAGCAGAGACACACUAGUUCACAUGCCACAGAGGAUGCAAAUAAAGACCACGCUGCCCCAAGCGGGGGCAGCUCCUUACACCAAACCCGUAAAAAAGAGCACGCCACUGACAGUCCAAGGCGUGAUGGUUGGUCACAGACUGAGAGCUGUGCCCCAGCAGCAGGGAAGGUGGAUGCUGCCACCCAGUGUGACACCAUGCGGCUGUGCAGCUGCGGGAGCUCCCUCCUCCCCGCCCGCAGCCCCGAGGGGCUCCCUCCUCCCAGCACCGCAGGCACCGCUGGAGGGCACAAAAUGCCAGAGCAUGAGGCGCUGCAGCCUGCAGGCACAGGCAGCGCAGCAGGAAAGGCAGCGCUUUCUUCUGAAGCCGAGUAUCUGAGUUUGGCUGACAGAACAACUCUAGAGGUUCUGAACUACAUCGAUGUCAUGAAGGAGAGAGAAAAGCAGUGACCAAAUAGAAUGGCACGCAAAGGAUACAGAAAUAAUACUUUCAAGUUUUGUCUUGUUCUCAGUAGGUUUAAUUUAGUUGUCAUAUCUUGAUUUUUCUAGCCUGGCUAGACAAAAUAUUGUUGCUGUUGCUUAUGACUUAUUGUUGUUGCUGAUAAAUUACUUUGGAUCUCUAUCUACCUUCUCUUACUAUGGAUUUCUAUAGAUCUCCAACUGUUAACAACGGAUUUUACAAUAGCUUAUUAAACAUAAACCUUAGGUACUAGAUUUGCGUUCCCACCAUAUACCUGUAGGAUUCUGUGGUUUGAGGAUGAAUUUGCUUCUCUGGAAGGUAGUGUAGGGAUUUUACUUCACUUAAGACACAUUUGAUGUGACUCUUAGUUCAGAACUACUGUCUGAUUUUUAUCCAUUUUAACAGGCAAACUAGCCUUUGCCUUAUGUUUGUACUAACCAUUAAAAUGAAAACAUAAAAAUGAAACAGAAAAGGCAUAUCUGCGCACAUAAAAUAAAAGGUACUUUUAAAGGAACUAAUUUAUUAAUUUUUAACAAAACAAACAAACAACAAACCCAAAUGCUUAAACUUCCUUCCACAGCAAUCUAUUGAUUCAUUCUCUGUUAAUACUGUUAAUACUGACUGUUAAUAUUGACUGUUAAUACUGACAAAUCUUUUAUGUGUUUGUGUUUUGCCAGCAGGUUGAAAAUAUGGAAUUAUUUUUUUCCUUAUUCCAGUAUUCGUUUGAAGCUACACAUAACAAAUAAAAUUUCCUGAUAAUAUUGUUUCUAGGUUAUAUUCUUUCCAUUUAAAAUGGUUCCUAGUAAAGAUGGCUCACUGUGUUACGGACGCCUUCUGAUUAUAUUUCCAUACAUCCUUACAUAAAUGUAUGUAAGCUAUGUUACAGGCUAGUGCUUACACACCGCAGGAGACUUGCUCGUAUGAGGUUAAUAUGUUGUGUUUUAUCCCUUGGAGCCAGCUGUUAGAAGAUUCAGGGCCCUUAUUUCCACCAGGUCAGUUUCUUUUAUUUCUACAUUUUGUAAUGAAAGGUCUUGUGGAUGUGGAUGUGUAUCAUCCAGCACCGAAGAGCUCCUUCGCCAUUCUUUGUCUCAGUUCUUAUCAUCAGACCAAUGGCUAUGUUUUCUGCUGGGUUUUAUAUUUGAAACUAAAAGGCGGCCUACAUUGCUGAACAGUUUGCAGGUUUAUGUCUAUGCCAUGUUAAAAAUAGCAUCUCUCGGAAAUGUCAGUGGACUUUUUUCUUCACUUUGAAGAAAAUAGCAUUGUCUUUUAUAUAGAAAAAUUGCAUACACAGGAAGUGGCUUCACAGCCGGACUUCUGAAAUGUGGAACUAUCAUUUAGCCAAUUCACCGCCCACUUCCUAAGGCUUGACAUAAGCAGAUUUUCUUUUUUAGGUUGCCUCAAUUUAUUGUCAAAGCAAGCUCCCUAGUCAUUUCUUUAGCUGAAACUGCAAUGAUCAUCUUCUUCACAGGGGGUAUAAUUUAUCUGAAUAAUGCUCGUGAUUUGCUGAAAGCUCAGCAGUUACCAGUAUUUUGUGAGGCACAGUUGUUCACUCAGCGUUAUGAAACUUGCUCAGACUGUGCCACACCAGCCUGUGAUGGCUGGAAUCAGGACAUUUCCAAGGCAAGCACUGUCCCCGCUACACCCCGUACACCACCUGGCUGAGAGCUCUCUGGUGACUGUGCUUUGAUGGUGCUGAAGUGACCCAUCCCGACGCAAACGGUCAGUAACGUGCAGUGGGAGAGAUAUUCAUGAUUUCUGCUAGAAAGGUACCAUUGCUGGGGCUUUUGGAUUUCGUUUUGUCUUGCAGUGAGUGAAGCUACCCAAAUUCAGGCGGAUGCAUCUGAUCUGCAGAGCGAGGCAGACUCCCAGUCUGCUCCGGCGAACCUACUGGGCAAAGACGGCAGGCCAGAACUGGGAGAAGAGGACUGGUAGCACCGCGUGGACCAGUGCAGGUGUUUCAAAGGAAGCAACACCUCCUUAGUAAGUUAGUUCUCACAUCUCACACAGUUUAGGGCCUCUCAGUGGCUGUAGCUUAUUUUCUCCACUGCACUUAAGCCACUGUAGAGAAGCUUUUAAAAUCUGCCAGGUCUCAGCCUGGAUUGCACCAUUUCCCAGUAAGGGCUGAAAAUAUGCAGCUUGGAGCCAGACACAAAUUUUCUGACUGCAUGCAAGAGUCGCACAUAUCUCUCUAAUACGAUAAUUCACCACUCGGGAUAUGUCAAUCAAAGCAGACCAUCGUGUUCCAAAGUCUUUGGAUGAGAACCUAUAAAAUCCAAUUGCCUUGCAAUUUUUACCUGUGAUUGCAAACCAACCGCAAGGAUAAAAACUAUCUCUGUAGCGGUAUGUGUGCUGGUGAUGAUGAUAAAUAAAACAGCAUAUUCUUUUUAGCCACUGGAGAAGUAUUUUAAAGCAUUUAUGUGACUCUUAUUACAUUAGAAGAGAACCAUGCCUCCUCCUUAUCUCAGUGUCAGUCUCCCACUGUGCUCAGGAGCUUUCUUUCAUCUCUGAUUUCUUGUGACUUUUUGGGAGAGCUGAGCUUGGUUUGGCAGGACUCUCCUCUGUCUGGAGCGGCAGCCUCCAAUCCUGAUUCCUUCAGGUGAUAUUUUAGCAGUUGGUGCUAUUUAGCCACCAGUACUUACAACCUUCAGCAAUGACCAUCACCCAUCAUACACAUCCAUCACCACAAGCUUUCUCUGAGGCAAGGCUAGACACAGAGAUGCUCCUUUUUCAUCCACUGUAAUCUUCCUGGAAGAGUGAUAAGCCUCUGGGGAGGCCACAGGAAUGUACGUUGUUUAACUGGGUUCAGUGAGAAUCGAUUGUAAAAUGAGUUUUUCUGGGGAAAAGGACAGAAUUGUACCUGUAAUUAACCAAAAUUAAUUUGUUAAUUUGUUGUAUUGGCACGUGAACAUUUAUAAAUAAAUAUGGAUGGAA